GCGGCGGGCCAGCCAAGCGAGCCAGUCCGUUCUGUGCACGCCGCCGCGCCGCACGUAGUGAAGUGAACUCAGUGACUUGUGUACGUGAUUGUAUUUGUAUUGGAUGAGCCGGAUUUAAGAAAAUGCAGUGAUCCCAAAGGACAAGGUAUUUGUGAUUUAAUCAACAACAUGGAUCGGAGUUGAGCACACAUCACACACUAAAGUCAUGGAAUCACCGGUUAGAAUAUGCAUAGGUGCAGUGGCAGUAGUAAUUCUACUACUUGUAUCAAGUAUAGAAGUAAACGGCAACGUUGUACCACAAGCGAAUAAUGCCACAGCUCCAAAAGAUGAAAAGAUUUCUAGGCAUACUAGAAGUAAUAGCACGUUAUUAAAUAAUAGACAUAAAUCCAAAAUACCUGAUGUAGCUCUCAACGAGCUUAAUCCUAAAGUAACGACAUCAGAAGAAAAUACAGAGAAAAAUGCAAAAUACAAAGAUAGAGGAAGAGUUAGAUUCAAUAUACAACCAAAAACAACUAGUGAAAGUCCUUUAAAACGAGUGACUUCGACUAAAGGACCCAGUGUUAUUAUAGUAACUCCUACACCCGAAGUUAAGAAACCAGCACAAAUCAUCGAUAGUAUGCAUAAAUAUAAGAAAUCUAAAAUAACGAGUAAAAAUGUAUCGAGUACUAGUCCCAGUGUUUCUGAUAAAAUAGAAACUCAAAGCCAGGAAGACUUUGAUAAUGAGGAAGACGAAUCAUUUGAAAAAUACACGUCGAGCAAGUUUGAUGACAAUUUUUUCUCAUUUCCUAGUUUUAAUGACGACGAUGACGAUACGAAAUCGAGUAAAUCGGAGUCAAAAUCCGACUAUGGGUACAGUACCCCGUUUAGCUUUAAAAAUUAUUUUAGUAAAGAUAAUUAUGUAUCGAAAGAGGACUCUUAUAAAUCAAACUAUUUCGAUUUCGAUACAGAUCUCACUACUCCUAGAAACGACUUUUUUGAUAAAAAAUACGAAGAAAUAUCAAAAAGCAUACUGAAAAAUCUCGAUACGAUAAAAUCUAAAGCUCCUGCUCCUAAUGUAACUAAUGUGCAUAAGUUGAAUGUUGGCUUCGAGACAAUGAGUAACGACACACCUACUAAUAAAUCAACAAUGUUUUUCAAGAACACCAAAGAAGUUCGCUAUCUAGAUAAUGAACACGCUGGAACUGCUAAUAAGGAACUAUCAGAUGUACAAGGAACAAGUAUUUAUUAUGAAAUGACAGUACUAUCAACAGAAACCUAUAACAUCAAUAAAGAUACAGACGAUGAUGAUUGUGAUGAAAAUAUGCAAACAGAAAAUACGAAAACAAGCGCAGAACCAACACAGCCUACAAAGGUUGACAUUCCAAUUAGAAAAUACCCAGAUCCAGAUACCUCAGGCUCUGUAUCUCAAGCGUCAUCAAAUAUUUUACCUGAGACUGUGAGGCCACCAAAUUCAAUGCCCAUAUCAACGCAAAGAAUUUUAUCGUACUCUUUUCCACCGACCACUAAUCCUAAAAUAUUUUCUAGUAGUUAUAAUAGAAAUAAAACCUUUGCUAAGCGACUGAACUUUGCAAACCUUAAAGAUUCCCCAAACAGCGUGACGUCACUAGGAGAAAGCACACAUAGUGAGACAAAUAGACAGCAAAUACGUCGCUUUCAUCAAACUACUCCAAGAAUUAAACCAAAAUGGAUGGCUCCUAGGAAGAAUAUAAAUAGGACAACUGUAACUCGUAUCCCUAUGACCAUAUAUUCGGAACAUUUUGAUAUAAAAGACCAAUUUACUACCACAAAACGUCCACCUCAGUCUACAAAACCAGUGCUAACAACCUUUGCUUCUGAAAUAGAUCCAGUGUUACAGAGUGACGUUGGAGGCGUCAAAAAAGUAGUACAUUCGCCAUCUAUAUCUGAUAAUACUAUACCAUCGUUAUCAAAACGUGGUUCAACAAAGUUCUCUGCAAACAUUGCUUCUUCAACAGCAUCAACGUCUACAGAGGCUCAGACCGGUCUCAGUGAUUUAGAAAUACCCCCUACGUUAACUGCUUGGGCACUAGCCAGCUUACGAAGCCCUCCACCUUCAUCGAGUUCUGCUAAUGCCACAGAAACGACACAAAAAAGUGUUGACGAAAAUGAGCUGCAGAAAGUCGGAGAAAUUACAGACAUGAAACCAACGUCUACUAUGUCUACAACAUCGACAACUUUAUCAACUACAACUGUUAGCGAAGGUUUAAUUUCCAAAAAUGCAACUGAAAUUGAUGAAAAUGCGUCAGUUAUAAUAACAACAACAACAGCAGCAACAACAACAGCAGCAACAACAACAUCAGCAACAAUAACAACAGUGAUGACUGACAUAAAUUUAAAUCAAAGCAUAAGUGAACCUAAUUCAGAAAGGCUAGCUGCUGAAAGUAUAAUUUCGAUACAGAGUAGCAAGAAACCUUUAAUAAUCGAACCAAUAAAAGCGGCGACCAAUAUUAAAGUGACAACCGUUUCAAAUCUACAAGAAGGCAAAACAACGUGGAUUUCAGCGACUGAAAUUUUAAAAGAAUCGACCGAUAAAGAAACAAACGAAUCUUCUGGGAAACAAAAAAUUCCUCCGAUUGACACAACUAAGUCAACCGGUUUUGAAUCAAUUACGAAAUUGCCCUCUGGUGUCACAACUCCUAAAGAUGAUGUGAUUGUCAAUGUAGAUGAAAAACAAUUGCCUGCAACUGUAAAAGAAUCGGUUGUCCCUACAACUACCGAUUAUGAAAUUACAACAAUAAGGUUUUCUUAUAAACCAAAGGCAGAAACAACCGAAACCACAGUUGCAGAUGAAGAACAAACGGAUGAAAAUACUGUCUGGCAUUCCGCUUUUCCAACUACAACUGAGCCUACUUCUGAUGAUGAUAUUGAAAUAACAACCUAUAGGCCUAAAUUUGUAACAACAACAGAAACUAAUGAAGAAAUAACAACCAACCUAUGGGAGCCUACAACCUCUUUAAUUUCACAGCAUUUAGUAGACAAUAAAACUGAAAAUAUAGUUACAACAACUGAAGCCACGGAUGAAGAGACCACGACGAGCGAAAUUACUACUAUGCUUAUACAUUCAGAAGAAACUUCAAAAGAAACAACAACAUUUAAAUUGACGAUACCUGUCGAAACUACUACGAUAAUUGUAUCAGUUGCAACUGAAAUAAAUACUGAAAGAGCAACUUUGACACCAACAGAAAGUCCUACCACAAUUUACACAACUGAAACAAAUGCAAUGCAGUCAGACUCUGGCGAAAUAGAAACGUCAGAAGAAAACAGCGAAAGCAACGAAGUAAUUGAACCAGCUAAUAAAGCCACAACAGCUCCCGCCAUGGAAACAACAACCAAAGCUCCAGUUGAGACUAAAACAAUAAAUGUUCCGACUACAACAGAGAGUAAACCAAUAAAAGUACCCACUACAACAGAAGAUAAAACAACAACAGACACGAACGAACGUAUCGUCGAAACUACAACUCAGGAGCUCACUACAGAGUCAGAUUAUAUGACAACAAAGUCGGUGAAUGAUUUGGAGGAUCUGACGAGUUUCGCCGGCGACAUGACAACUGAGAAUUCUUCGAGAGUGCUCACAGAAGAAGCGGGCUCUGGUGCAGCCAUCGCCAUCGCUGUCAGCACCAUAGGUGUUAUAGCAUUGGUGUUGCUCAUUGGAUUGCUGCUGGUGGUCCGUCGUCGCGGCCGGCGGGGGGUCUACGCUCAGCGCUGCACCCCCGUCUCCCUGGACGCCUACAGCCUGGACAGCGUCAGCGUCGGCCACCGCAAGGGCCAGAGGCUGCGCGCCAGCAAGCGCAGCUACGGAAACCCCGCUUACGACGACGAGGUAACUUCACACCCCAUGAACUACGCGGCGCUCGCCAACUUCGCUCUGGACAUCGAUUCCAUCACCUCGGAGUUCGCUGAGAUUCCCUCGGUCACGGUGCGGCCGGAGGAGGUGCCUCCGGGCUGCGAGGACAAGAACCGCUACUCCAACGUGCUGCCACUGCCCGAGACCAGGGUUCCGCUGAAAAGGAUCGGCAAUGAUCCCACCACGGAGUAUAUUAACGCUAAUUUUGUUAUGGGUCCAGGCAACAUCCGGAAUUUCUACAUCCUGUGCCAGGCGCCGCUGGCGAACACGGUGGUGGACUUCUGGCGGAUGAUGUGGGAGCAGAACUCCCGCCUCAUUGUCAUGCUGACCGAGUACAUGGAGAAUGGCGUGGAGAAAUGUUACGAGUACCUCCCGCCAUCCGAGAUCUCCGACAACCGGCGGACGUUCGGCAACUUCCAGAUCAUCCUCAAGAAGCGCGAGCAGCGGGACAAGUACGCCAUCUCCAGCGUCCAGCUCAUCAACCUCGCUACCAGGACUUGGCGCGAGGUUACCCAUCUGUGGUAUUUCUGGCCGGCUAAGGGUGUCCCUGAUGACUACGACUCGGUGAUAGACUUCCUGUUCGAGAUGAGGAGUUACAUGAAGGUGUCGCAGACGGCCAAGGAGUAUGAUGAAGAAGGUGUGGAAAUAAUAUACGAGGAGGACAGCUCGUACAACAACCUGUCGAAACUGCGUGAGGAAAACGGCUCGGGGCACAGCCUCAACGUGUACUCGCCCGCCAAGGCCGAGGAGAAGCUGAGGAAACCAACCAAUGGUACCCUGGCCAAGAAGACUGAAGGCCAGACCGUCCGCCCCUGCGUGGUAAUGUGUGCGUCGGGCGCGGGGCGGUCCGCGGCGCUAGUGGCGGCGGAGGAGUGCGCGCGCGCGCUCGCCGCCGGCCGCGCCGACGUGCCGCGUGUCGUGCGCCGCCUGCGCGCUCAGCGACCACACUCGCUCACUAACAGACAUCACUACAUGUUCCUGUAUAAGCUUCUCAGCGAGUAUGGCAACAAGCUGAUGGGCGGCGGAGUCGACGCAAUCUGAGAACGACUUCGAACAGAUUACUAAACGAUAUUUUUACAUAAAUACAACAUGACAAACGAAUAAUUACGAAAAAAAAUAAAAUGACUGUCUACUAUUAAUAUGUGAAUGGAUAUUAUCUGUAGUCUGAUAGACCAGUGAACACGAGACAAAAUUGGUCAUAACAUUAUCAUACCAAAGCGUAAGACAAGAUCUCGAAUAUUGGGAAUCUUUUACUAUAACAGUAACCUAUGCUGUAUGCGUACAUUAUGUCGGACCGCAUUUUCGUUAUAUCCAUUACGUUUUUUAUGACUUAAGUUUGUGUGCUUGAAAUGCGGUUCAACCCGUUGCGGCUCGACAUAAUGUGCCGUACUUUUAAGUGUAAAUAAAAAUAUUAAGAAGUAUUUCCUUAAGCCUUUAAGUUAUAUAGAUAAGAGCAGUAAUAUGUAUGUACACACUUUUUUGUAAACGAAUAAACAGAGAAUUUAAAACUACACGUAAAACUUUUGAAAUCUGUAAACCUUUUUCGCGAAUUUGAGUUUGUGCACAAUAUUAUUGCUCAUAGAUGUAAAAAGCAGCUUAAUCUUUGUAUUUUAUUGUAAGUACUGUUUAAAUGACAAAAUAUAUCAAUGCAAUUACUGCAAAGUAAUAAGAUUUUAAAGUAACUAGAAUGUGUCUUUAAAUAAUAAUAAAUUUCAUAAUAUUUGCAGGCACAUUAAACAUAUAUUUAUGCAUAUAAGAAUUAUAAUAAUUCCUAGAAAGGCUACGCCCGGUCGCCGGAUAGAGAGAAAAUCGUCCAUUGACCUUACUUUACAAGUGCGUGAAAAUAUAUAUAUCCGCUUCAAUUAACGUGUGAAGCGAAAUAUUUUUGUGCGCGUGUGAAUGCGACAGGCAAUAGUCGUCGAAUUUCUCAUUAUCCAACGACCGGACUUUAGUAAGUUCACUAAGGCAACUCCAGCUGGUACACACUAGCAUUCGCACUAUUAUUUUGCUGUGAUUUUACUAACUUAUGUAUAUUGUAAAUUAAUACUAACUUAUAAAAUAAUUGUAGAAACCAUUUUUUACCAAUUUUUACAUAAGAUGAAAUACUCAACUAACAUGGUAAAAUGCACUGUAUUUUAGAUAAUAGGAGGUAUAUUGCAAUAUUUAAAGCUACGAAUAAUAAAAACUAAUUUAAAGCAUAAUAAACGUUUAGUUAAUUUCGUUUAAGUAUUUGUUUCCCUUAUAAUUUUAGAAGAUUAUGGAAUUUUGAGAAACUGUUAAUGUGUAAGACUAUUAAAUCUGUGAGAGCAAAUAAAAUGUCGUUGUGGAGCACAUAUGAUUUCGUUCAAAGACUAUUAUGUCCGCUUGUCUCUCUCUGUCGCGUCAGAAUUCAUUAUUAUGUUGCAGUAUACAGCAAGAACGUUCUAGCAAUAUAUUCGUGCGUGUGUACAAAAUUCUAUGUGUUCCGCGACCAUACUUUAGCUUAUUGUAAUAUAGACGACACUUGUUGCUAAACACUUUUGUUGUUACUCAGAUGGUGCAUAUUUUAUUUCUGUUGUUAUUUUAUUUGCUGUAAAAUUUAUAUAUUGUAGAGUAUAUUAUUAUGGGGUGCAUUUAAGUGGUUGUAGAAAUUGCACUUUUAUAUAAAAAAUAUAUUACCAAAAAUAAUAAUUGAUGUUAAAAACGCCCUACGACUAGUUUUAAAUACGCUAAGUAGAUGUAGAAAUAUAUCUUGACGAAAAUUGAA